CAGAUAUUUGCACUGAGCUCGGGACCUACUGCUUCUAGGGAGAGAGAUUCAGAGAGAGGCUGAGAGAGAGAGAGAUGGUGCUGCUGGAGAAGCUGUGGGACGACGUGGUGGCCGGGCCUCAGCCGGACCGGGGCCUCGGGAAGCUGAGAAAGCUCGCCACCAAGCCUACCGUCAUCAUCAAAGAAGGGGAAGGGGAGAGCAGCAAGUACCAGCGGUCGACGUCGAUGCCGACGACCCCCGGGACGCCGGCGACGCCGACGACGCCGACGACGCCUGCGACGGCGAAGAAGGAGAACGUGUGGAGGAGCGUGUUCCACCCGGGGAGCAACCUGGCGACCAAGACCAUGGGAGGCCAGCUCUUCGACAAGCCCGUCCCCAACUCCCCCACCGUCUACGACUGGCUCUACAGCGACGACACGAGGAGCAAGCAUCGCUGAGGACGCUCUAGUGACCAACUCAACUCUCUCGUGGGAUUGUAAAUAUAUCGUCGAUUUCGCUUUCAUUUCUCGUCGUUUCAAUGCUUUUGUCGCGUGGGUCUCUCCUGGCUCCUUGUUUAAGCUCUCGUUUUGGAUGUAAUAUGCCAGGAGUCGCUGUGAUUUCGUAGUUUACAGCACUCAGCUGUUGAUCUAAUGGUGAAUCUGAGUUGACUAAUGAAUAAAAUUCGACUUAUCUGUCAUGGCUAUGCGCAAA